AUGUCUUCGUCGAGCAACCCCACCGUCCCCUCCAACCGCGCCUCGAUGAAGGCUUCUUCCUCCAAGUCUGCUGCCGCCCAGUCCGGCAAGCCCCCCAUUCCGCCAUACUUCCCACUUGAGCACACUGGAUACACUUCCACCGAGCAAGGCGCCCUCAACAAUGCCACCUCCGUCGCUACCAAGUUGCAUCAGCUGGGCGAAGGUGUGAUCACUCGCAUGCAGAUGGUACAAGUCCACGAUGGAAAGUGGAAGGCCAGAUGGAAGGCUGCCUUCAAGAAGCUCGGCGGGGCAAUCGGUGCUAUUGAACAUGCAUUGAUCGCACGGAUUGGCCUGGGAGACUACUGGAAGCCGCGCUACGAAGAUGCUGAAGCCCCGGCACAAGACAUGAACCAAAAGCUGCAUGGCCUCCUGGCAACCUACAGCCAGGCUCCGCAGCAGACCCUGUCGGCAGAAGAUCGCGCUGUUGUGGCCAAGCUGACCGCGGAGUACAACGAUGCGGUCAAGGAGUGUGAGCGCAAAUGGCCGAAGAAUUUGAAAAAGGUCUUGCCUGAGGCCUAUGUGCAGGAUCUGCUCGGACAAAUCGAGUCCCCACAGCCUGAUCUGCCGUCCGCCCUCGUUCGAUUCCACGAAUCGAAGGCCAAGAGCGAGCAGCCUGGAGGAGCAGAGGAGUAG